AUGGGUGGCUAUGUGCCUCCUGGAUAUAACGCAUUGAGGACAACCUGUCUUGCAAAAGAGAAGAAACAUGUUGGGAGGAUGCUAGAGCCCCUCAAGUCCACAUGGCCGCUCAAAGGAGUGACUAUUGCGACUGAUGGGUGGGCUGACCCUCAAAGGAGACCAAUUUUGAACUUCAUGGCUGUGACAGAGAGUGGUCCAAUGUUUCUAAAGGCGGUCAACACUGAAGGGGAGACCAAAUCUAAGCAAUUUGUAUUUGAGAGGAUGAAGGAAGUGGUUGAGGAGAUUGGAUCCGAGAAUGUGGUCCAAGUGAUCACGGACAAUGCAUCCAAUGUCAAAGGUGCUGGAUUGAUGAUCCAAGCAAAGUACACCAAUAUUUACUGGACUCCUUGCAUUGUGCACUGCCCCAAUCUUGUGUUGAAGGAGAUAUGUGAUCCAAAGAUGCAUGAUGAAGACUUUGAAGUUCUUAACUUUAUAAAAGAGGUUUCCGAACUAGCUCUCUUUGUCAAGAACUUCAUAAUGACCCAUGGCAUGAGGUUGUCAAUGUUGAAUGAGUUUAGCAAACUUAAGUUUCUUCACAUAGCAUAA